CGGCGGCAGAAUAGGCCUUUUUCUCGUACGUCGCGGACGCAAAAGUAACACAGCUCGGACAGGAGUAGACCGAGUAGACAGUAGAGAAAGAAGAAAAAAAAAUACAGCCAAAUAAAUUACUGAAGAAGAUUAUAUUUAUGUGAUCUAAUAGCAAAUUAUCCGGAAAUUGACGGUACCGGAAGAGGCGUCUUCGGUGAAUUUGGGUGUUUUACGGUGGAUUUAGCGCAGGAAUCGUGUGUGAAUAUUGUGUUCGGUGCAGAAGAAAAUUUAAUGAUAGUUUCAGUAGAGGAUUGGUCGUAGCCGUCGUCGUCGUCGCGGAUCGUUCUUGGUUUCGCACGUCGCAUACGCUUGGGUUGGCCUGCGAGAGAGGGUAGUAGGGUGGUUCCUUGUUCCCCGGUGGUACACGGGGUGCAAUGAUGUAUUACUGCUGCCUGUUCGGUUUGAGCAUAUGUUGAAGUCUUGAAGUGAGUUCUGUCUGUUGGGUAGAGUGCAGAGACGAGGGUCCGGGACGGACCGUUGUGAGGCAGGCGCGCGUUGCUUGACACCGACUGCGACGACGAGAAGAAACGUCGUCGUCCGCCCUGAGCUGAGAAGUGUUGUGUUGUGGUAAUUGAGCUGAUUAGUUUCGAUUAAACUCGCUGCUGGUUAUUUGACCUCCUUGAGUAGGAUUCUUACCAUUUUUCAAUGUUUCCCCCCCGCCUUCCAGGAAGGCGACUUGUUAUAUUGACCGGAACGACUAGCCGAAUCACGGAAGUUUGGAAGUGACCGUAGAAGGCUGCUGGUUUAGCUAGUGCAACGCGGAAAUGUAGUGAACGAAAGAGAAAAACUAUUAUUCGUUUGGUUCAAGAAGAAGGAUAUUGCGUAUCAAGAAUUCGAGCCGCCGCCACCGUGACUCGAGAUUGGCAAGUGCGAGCGACCGAAAGCACCCGUUAGCGAGAGAGCUAGAGCCGAGCAGUUGGCCUCGAAAGAAGUAGAAGAAUAAGGGCGGCCCCGGUCAGGGGGUGUACAGUUACACGGUGGGUGAGAAGAAGGCGGGAAUCUAAAUAUUUGGAUAUAAAAGCGUAGUAUUGCGCGUAGUGUGUGACGUCCGGAUCGAGUUGGGCUGCGAAAGUGAUGAAAUUCUGCUGCCGUGAGUAGUUGAUGCCGGAAGUGAGCAGAGCAAAGUGUGGUCCUGGAAGUUCCGCUACAUAAUGUAGCGGCAUGGUGUGUAGUUCCUUCGGAGUUGAAGUUUGCAGUAUGCAGUCCCUGCCCCGGUAGUGAUUAGUGAUGAAACGCGCAAAAAAUGUCUCAAAAUUGUUUCAAAGUGCGACGACGAGUGAAGGUGGCUGAAGCUAGUGAAAUGUGUAAAUCGCAGGAAACGGAAGAUCCAUCCCGGUGGGGGGUGGCGAUGGAUGGCGGCAGUGGUGACCAACGACGAGCAAACAGUGAAAAAAUGGAGCACGGUAGAACGAGACAGUGCAGUGAGGAGAGGCACGAGCAGCAGGCAAACGAGGAAAUAGUGCAACAGCAAUCGGAAGUGGUGGUAGUGUUCCCAAAAAAAUAUUUCCCUUCGGCAGGUUUGACCAACCUGUUGGAGCAGCUAGCGACCAAGCUGAAGCAAAAGCAUAGGACAGAACGUCCGAAAUUAUUGUUGUGCGGUGGGGAAGCGGAGAAGAAGCGCAAUGAAGUGAGUGAAUUCGAUGUGGAGCGAAGUGGUGAAGAAAUGUGUCAUCGGAGAAACCAUCAGCAGCGAAUAGGAGCAGCGGGCUCGGUUCUAAGGCCUGGCAAGCUGGUUUGGCUUCUGAUGGCCAGUGUACUGCUGUUCAGUGUGCUCAUUGCACCCGUCACAGUGGUGCAGGGAAAUGAAAUUAGGCUGCCCCAGGAGAAGCGUGAAUACAAGAAAGGAGAAAUCUGUGGCAGCGUGGACGUCCGCAACUCGCCCACCAAUCUGGACCGGCUGAAGGAUUGCGUCGUGGUCGAGGGUUUCGUGCACAUCCUCCUGAUCGACAAGUACACGGAGGCAAGCUUCGAGAACUAUUCCUUCCCGCUGCUGACGGAAAUCACCGAGUAUCUGCUUCUGUUUCGGGUCAACGGGCUGAAAACGCUGCGCAAGCUGUUCCCCAAUCUGGCCGUGAUCCGGGGCAGUUCGCUGGUCAGUGACUACGCCAUCGUGAUCUACGAGCUGAUGCACAUCGAGGAGGUCGGCCUAAUCUCGCUCACUCACAUUUCGCGUGGGGGCGUCCGUAUCGAGAAAAAUCCGAAGCUUUGUUUCGCCAACACGAUCGAUUGGAACGCGAUAGCACCGGGCUCGGAAAACUACGUCAAGGAAAAUCAAAAGGAAAACGCCUGUCCCAUCUGUCCUACGGAAACGACGCUGAUGCUGCCGAACGGAACGAAGCAGACGCAGACGUGUCCGAUUGCCCCCAACAAAAGGGGCGGUCACGUUUCGGACCACAAGGAUCACCGACUUUGUUGGGAUGCAAAUCACUGCCAAAAUAAAUGCCACAACAACUGUCCGAACAAGUCGUGCACCGUGACCGGCCAGUGCUGUGACGAAACGUGCCUCGGAAGUUGCAGCGAAGUUGUGCCGGGCCAGCUGCAACGGAACGGAUCGUCCUGUGCCGUGUGUCGCCAUUUGAGCAUCGAUCCGGCCGGUAUCCGGCACUGUGUUACCAAGUGUCCGCAGGGGAUGUUUGUCUACCACAGCCGCUGCGUGACGGCCGAUCAGUGCUACGCUAUCAAGAAACCGAUUUCGUUGGACUCGAACCAGGACCUGCCGACGUAUCCGUUCAUUCCGCACAACGAGACGUGCAUCAUGGAGUGUCCGGCGGAUCACGAGCUGCAGAUCGUGAACGACAAGCGGCGGUGUAAGAAGUGCGACAAGGGAGCCUGUCCGAAGCGGUGCGGUGGUGGGAACAUCGAUAACAUCCAGAGUGCCCAGUCGCUGAAGGGGUGUGAGAUAAUCGAGGGAUCGCUGGAGAUUCAGCUGAGAAGUCGUGGAGGCGAAAACAUAGUCAAGGAGUUGGAGAAAUUCCUCAGCAGCAUCACGGAAAUUAAGGGUUACCUGAAAGUCGUUCGAUCGUAUCCCUUACUUUCGUUAGGUUUUCUGAAGAAACUCAGGAUAAUUCACGGAACACAUGCCAAAAUUUCAAAUUCCAGUUUGUACAUAGUGGAGAACCAGAAUCUGCAGGAGCUGUUCGAUCGAAACGUAACCAUCGGCGAAGGCAAGCUGUUCUUCUACAACAAUCCGAUGCUGUGCGUUGGAAAAAUCAAAGAACUUAAAGCGGUGAAUCCCAAAAUUGAAAUUGAAAAUGAAGCCCAGCUGGCGGCGAACAACGGAGACCGAGCCGCUUGUGAGAUUACCGAGCUGGACACGAGUUUGAAAUCGGUAGCCGCCGAAACGGUAAUCAUUCAGUGGGCUCCCUUUACCCAGCUGGCGGACAUUCGGCAGCUGCUGGGCUACGUCAUCUACUACAUCGAGGCACCCUUCCAGAAUGUGACGUUCUUCGAUGGACGGGAUGCGUGUAACACUGAAGGCUGGCGGCUUGAUGAUAUCAGUGACUUCAAUACGGAAAAUUAUACCAGCAAGAUUCUGACGCAGCUGAAGCCCUACACGCAGUACGCGUACUACGUAAAGACGUACACGUUGGCUUCGGAGGGUCUCGGCGGUCAGAGCAAGAUCAAGUACUUUACAACCGCCCCCGGAACGCCGUCCAUCGUGCGGGACGUGGAGGUAGCGGUUACCGAAGAAGCGCUGACAAUCAAAUGGCGACCGCCGUCCAAAAUGAACGGUAAACUGCGCUACUACGAAGUCUUCGUUGAGUUGAACGCGGAUGGCAAGGAGAUGUUGAAGCAGCGAAACUACUGCAACGAAGAAAUUGACAAAAGCAAAACAGAUACAUCGGUGGAGACACCGACACCAGCUCCGCCCCCGAAAACGUCCUACACCACGGAGAUCUGCACCGAAGAGCAGUGCAGCAAGUUUUGUCUAUCUACUCCUACGUCCGUGUUCGACCGAACUGAAGCCGAGCAGCAGAUCAGUUUCGAGGAUCAGCUGCACAACUACGUCUACAUUAAAAAUCCAACGCUUCGUGGCGAUAAAUCCAACCGUCGAAAGCGCAGCCUCGGUAUGGCCAACAAUAGUUCGAUUGUGUUUCCCAACAUCACCGACACGGGCACCGUUGAAAGCAAGGACCGUCAAACGUUAAUGGAUCCGAUCGAGCAGUUCUAUCUGACACUCUUUAAUACCACCAACCAGACGAGUAUCGUUCUACCGCUGAGCUUUGUUAAACAUUACUCGCUGUAUGUGUUCAAAAUUCGAGCCUGCCGGCAUCGUGCCGAGAGUCCGGGAAACAAUGUAAAACUGGUCGAUCUGGAACCGGGUUGCGGUAAUGAAGUUAUCCACAACUUCCGCACCCCGAAGAAGGAGGGUGCCGAUGACAUCCCGGUGGACUCGAUUCUUGUGGAAGAGCAGUCGAACCAAACUCAGCGUGUGAUCAAGGUCCAGUGGAGGGAACCUACUAAACCGAACGGUCCGAUUGUGUCCUACUCGAUAAAGUACCAGCGAAUGGAUGUGGACUCGGUUCAACCGAGCAUUCAGUGUGUCUCCCACCAGGAGUUCAGCCAGAGUGGUUUUUCUUUUUUGUCCAAACUGGCACCGGGAAACUAUAGCAUUCGAAUUAUGGCAACAACGAUCGCCGGAGAUGGUCCCUACUCGUCUCCGCGCUAUGUAUAUCUGGAAACCGAAGAUAGCAGUCACGUUUGGCUCUGGAGUCUGUUAGCUUUACUGAUACUGAUUCUGCUGACCGCCCCGGUCGGUGUGUACUGGUAUAAGUGGCACUACCUGCCAUUGCAGAACAUGCGCCUUAUCGCUCAGGUCAAUCCAGAUUACGCUAACGUGAUCUACAAAAUCGACGAAUGGGAGGUCGAACGGGAACACAUCACUCAGCUGGAAGAACUCGGCCAGGGUUCGUUCGGUAUGGUGUACAAGGGCAUCCUGACGCAGCUACGUAACGUCAAGUGUAAUACACCGUGCGCCAUAAAAACGGUUAAUGAAAACGCUACCACCAAAGAGCGCGACAGCUUCCUGAUCGAGGCGUCCGUGAUGAAGCAGUUUCACACCCAUCACGUGGUCCAGCUGUUGGGCGUGGUGUCGCAGGGCGAUCCCACGCUGGUUAUAAUGGAAUUGAUGGCAAACGGGGACCUGAAGGAUUAUCUGCGGAGGCACCGGCCGGAUUACGAGAAUGGAGAUGAGCCGUCACCGCAGCCGCCAACGCUGCGGCAAAUCUACCAGAUGGCGAUCGAAAUUGCCGACGGGAUGGCGUACCUGUCGGCGAAGAAGUUCGUGCACCGGGAUUUGGCUGCCAGGAAUUGUAUGGUCGCGGAUGAUUUGACCGUGAAGAUCGGUGAUUUUGGGAUGACGCGGGAUAUCUACGAAACGGAUUACUAUCGGAAGGGAACGAAAGGAUUUCUGCCGGUGCGGUGGAUGUCACCGGAAAGUUUAAAGGAUGGCGUUUUCAGUAGCAGCAGCGAUGUGUUCAGCUAUGGGGUGGUUCUGUGGGAAAUGGCCACCCUUGCCUCGCAGCCCUAUCAGGGUCUCACCAACGACCAGGUGCUGCGGUACGUGAUCGAAGGAGGCGUUAUGGAGCGACCGGAAAAAUGUCCGGACAAACUGUACGAUCUGAUGCGACGAUGCUGGCAGCAUCGUCCGACGGCGCGGCCUACCUUCGUCGAUAUCAUCAAUAUGCUACUGCCGGACGCGAACGAGCGAUUCCACGAGGUGUCCUUUUUCAAUUCACCGGAGGCUCAAGAUAUGGCGCGGACACAGCAUCAAAUAAUCUUGGAUGAUGUUACCACACCGUUGCACCCGGGUGGCGGCGACGGCGACGACGAGGACGAAGAUGACAUGAUGGACAAGGACGAGGAAAUGCGCAUCGGUGACGUUGGCACCGAUGACGAGUACUCGAUGGAAAUGACCAACAGUCACCUGGUGCCGAAUAACGGCCCAACGGCCACAAUCCGCUCGCCGCACUCGCCACUAAGGGAGAAACUUGGUAACCGAUUGAUCUGUGAUUCAUUAGCCAUAUCAUAUCUUAGUAGAGAUAUUGAUGAUACCAUAGCCGAAGAAGAGGAACCAAUUGAGGAGGACAGUGACAACAGUGGUAAUAACGAUGACGACGGAGGUGAUGAUGAUGAUGAUGACGAGGCUGCGGAAGGUCACGUAACAGCGAUAGGAGCGCCAUCCGAAGCAACGGAACUAAGGGUGGUGGAUGAAACGAGAGGAGCAAGUGCAGUAUUGAUGACAGCGAAUGCCGCGGUGGCGGCAACUGGGCGUGACCGUGCCCGAGGUCGUCGCAGUAACAGCAGGAAUAGAGAAUUUGAACACAGUGGCAAUAGCAGACAUAGCAGGGUCAAAAGUAGAAGCGUUAGUCCCGGCUAUUCAGGAGCAUCACGAAACCACCGAGCAGCGGCAGGGAAUAGUCGUGCCAGUCAGGACAGGCGAAGAAGUGGCAGCAGUGAAUUUCCAGGUAACGUCUUGCAACAUGACUAUGUAAACAGUGCUCCCGGGGCAGUGCUGACAGGUGGUGAUACCCUGAGCAGUGGUUUCGGUGCCGGCAAUGGUGGCAGUGGGGGGUUCGGUUCAAUUCCGAUGAUCCCUCCGCCACCACAUAAACAGCAACAGUCCCUCAAUAGACAACAGCAGCAUCUGAUCGACAUUGACUCGGAUCCCUAUGGGAAGGAGUUUGACGCGAUCAGUACCGAUAGCAGUAGAAUUUCGGCAGCAAUUGCCGCACCAACAUCAGCAACCGUAGGUAGUAGAAUUAAUGGGCGUGUCGUGCUUCCGGCGCAACAGCAAGAACAUUCGGAAGGUAGUAAAACUGUAGUUCCUCCUCGAUUGAGGAACGGAUUCGUCGAACGAGCUGUUCUUUGGUCCCCUACGCAGGGUUCGACCGGCGAAGCGUGAAAGAACAUGGCCACCCAGAACAGCAGUUAAGCAGGAAAUCACACAGUUCCGUGUGUGGGCCAACCGACGGUGCACACACACACCCACAUUUUAACAGUUCCGCUCGUCCGCCGAUAGCUGGCGGACGCAAACUGAAAAUGAUACAGGCUAGCCUUAGGCACUCGCAAUGAUGGGCCAUAGAUAGCAGAGGAAGUAAACAAGUAUUCAAAACAAAAAAAACCCUUUUUAACCAGUAAAUCUUUUAAGUCCAUCAACCCAUACAUACUCACAUUCAAUCACUCAUUACACUAAUAUACAGAAAGGUGCCCCUUGUUUCUUGUUUGUUGUUUAGCUUCCAACCUCCAACACUCACUCAGAAACACCACACAUACACACACACACACGAAACCAAAAAGAGGCUAACUGACCACUCUCUCCCUUCCCGCACCAAUACACGCAUUACCUACAAAACCAGUAAUCACUAAUCGGGUGCUCCGCCCUUUCGAUCAUAGCCAACUGCGUAGUCGUAACAAAAUUGACCUUCUCUUUUCGUCAUUUGAAAAAGAUUUCCGUUUUUAGGCCGGCAUAUUAAGAGAGGAACGAGAGAGAGAGAGAGCGCGCGAUAAAAAUGAAAUUACCAUUGUUUUUUAUAGUAAUAUAAAAUUGUUUCACUAGAUUAUUUAUUACGGACAUGUGCACCCCUUACACAAACACUCAUAUAUACACACACAGAAACACUUCCAGAGCAGAAGUAGCAGUAAAAAACAAACAAUAACUAGAAGCAACAGACUGACCGACAGCUAGAAGCAAUAUAUAUAUUUUUCUUUUACAUAAGUUUUUUUUUAUUUUGUUUUUUUUUUGUUUCUAAUUUCCAUCCCACCAGAGUAGCAUAGCGAAAGCAAAUAAAAAAUCACCCGCACACACGCAUACACAUACACGCAAACAUUCGCAAACAUGAGAAUAAUCACAGAAACAGACACACUCACAAAUACAUACAUACACAGUUGUGAAUAGGAUUAUAGUAAUAGAUGGUGUAAGGCGCAAGUUCGCUAUAAAGAAGAAAAGAAGAAAAAAGAAAGAGAGCAAGAAAAAAUGUUGAUUAUGUUCAUAUUAUUUAAGGAAUCUUUUUGAGAAAGAAAAAAACUAGCGAAAGUUUGAAACAGUUGUAGGAUAGAUAAAAUGAAAUAGAGCUACCGAGAAAGAGAAAGAGCGAGAGAGAGAGAGAAACAAAAAAUAGAGAGAUUGAGAGGAAUAUGAGGAAAAGAAAAAAACAGUGUAAAUAUGUUUAGUUUCGGAGAUUGGAUUUCGUUGCCUAUUUUUUAAUCAACAAAAAAACUUUUUGUAAUGUUGAAAAACUAGAUUUCCGUUUCCAUACUUUCGUAAUCACAUCGCCAUCGUUUGGGGUGCUUUCGGGUGGCGUUGGUAGGAUUAAGAGGCCUUCCCUGAUAUGAUUUUGCUACCGUCUUUUAAUUUUAAUGUAGGUCUGUAUGAUGUCCCAGCUUAGUCGAUGGGCCCGCAGAGAUACGUGUCCUGAAAUAACAUCAUUAAGGCGUAAGGUUGUUUGGAUCAAAUAUUCUACCUUCUCCAAAUUCUUUUAAAUAUAUUUAGGAUCUACACUAUCAAAGUCCUGUAGUUGGCCCCAACUUGCUGUGCGGAGCUAAAGCGAUUCGUUAAACUCGGUAAGGGUAUAAACUGUUCUAAAUCGCACGUCCCGCUUUCUAUGGGAUUCCCCAUCUACAAGGGAUUCACUUGCGAUUAUAGACAGUGAAUUUCUAUGAACGGAACAUCACAAGUUAUUCAAAUUUGAUUGAUUUUAUUGUAAGUUUCUGCGUCCCGACUAUCCAGUUCUCGAGAUCAGGGUAGAAGUUUCUCAAAUACACUAAGGGCCGAUUUCUUCACCUUCGCUUAAUGCUUACACGGUUAAAAUAUAGUACCCAUUUAUGAGUAUCUGGACCAGGGUUGUUAAUACGAUACAUUUUUCGCGAUAAUUUAUCAGCGUUACUCGUUAACGAUAAUGUAUCGUCAUCGAAAACUCCGUUAACGAUAAUGUAUCGUCGCCUUCAUCGUCAUCGUCGAUAAUUGUAUCGUCGUAUUCAUCGUCAUCGUCGGUUCAUCGGUUAUCGCGAUACAUUUUGCGUUACUUUCCCGUUUAUUGGAGUUGAAGUUGAUGCGGUUAACUUUCAGUUGUUUAGAAAUAAAUACCUAUUGAAAAGCAUGUUGUUGGCAGCUGAAAAUCAAUAGUUUUGGACAUUUUCUAUGCACAGCGGAGUCCGACGAUGCGUCAAAGAGAAUUUUUUUUUCAACUUUUCGGGAAAGUGUAU